AUGCCUCGCGACGGAGAGCACGCCCACAACGGCCCCUUUGAGGAGGAGGGCCACAACAUUGCCCACGGCGUCGGCAAGGUCGACACGACAAAGGUCGACCGCGCAGACAAGACGGCGCCCAUGCCCGAGGGCCUCAAGGAGCAGGGCGCCGGCCUGCCGGGCAUGAACGCCAGCGGCGGCCAGAGCCAGGGCCUGAAGCAGGGCGACGACGUGGGCCAGGGCGGACGCGGGUCGUCCAACUAA